AUGACAAAAACUGCCGACAACGUUAAUCCCGAUAUUUACGACAAGGGUUCAGAGCGAGAGAUCACGUCUUCAGACUAUGAUGAAAAUAUCGAAGACUUGUUCGAUGAACGUGAAAUCUUUGAUCUAAUACGCAAUAUCAAUGAUCCUGAACAUCCUCUGACAUUGGAAGAGCUGCGUGUAGUUGAAGAGAGUAAUAUUAAAGUGGAUAAUAUCAAAAACUUAGUCCAUGUUAGCUUUACGCCGACUAUACCGCAUUGUAGUAUGGCUACUCUCAUAGGACUCUCAAUUCGUGUGCAGCUCCUGCGCGCCCUCCCAGCCAGGUUCAAAGUAGAAGUGGAAAUAACGCCUGGAUCUCAUGCAUCAGAAUAUGCGGUGAACAAACAGUUAGCUGAUAAAGAACGGGUGGCUGCUGCAUUAGAAAAUAACAAUUUGUUGCAAAUUAUAAACCAAUGCAUAGCUUAG